UUCCACUGACUCGGUUGGAUCGUAAAACGAUUGAAGCGUCUAGUUUACAGUCGCAGGUCCCGCUCUCUCGCCAUUGGCCCCUGCGCUCACAAGGUGGGGCUUGGCACGGAGCGCCUCCUGCGGAGCGCCUUUGCUGUGGCUGAUCUGGACCAGCGCUGCACAAACUGAGCGCAUUUCGCCGUGGAAAUACAUAUAGACGUGAGAUAAAGAAGAAAAAAAAAUUCUGUGAGAGUUUCUUUGAAGGUGUUUACAGGACCCACGGAUUGAACGUUUGAUCCGCGGCGUCCGUAUUUGCCUCAUUAGACUAAAAAUAACUUUGUCACGGCUCCGUUAUAUGAGGCGAGCACCAUGAGGACGCUGCUGUGCCGAGCUCUGUAGUACCAAAGCUGUCUCUGCGCAGCUAGGUCGUUAUUUCAAGGGACCCGAAGCGUCGGCAUGCCAGCCCCGCCUCCUCCCCCGCCGCCCCCGCUGGGGCCCCCUCCACCGCCUCCGCCCACCGCCGCCCUGCCACAGUGCCCUUUGGAGCCUCCUCAGCUCCAUCCUGGCCGAGGAGGUGGAAGGAAUGCCCUGUUGGCCGACAUCCAGAAAGGCGCCAAACUCCGGAGGGUCACACAGGUCAACGACCGCAGCGCUCCUGCAGUGGACGAGCUCAAGUCCAACACUGGAGACGUUGGCGCGUCUCAAAGCUCCUCAGCUGGAAUGGCUCCCACAGCACCCGCGAUGAGUGGACUGUUUGCAGGAGGCUUUCCCACUCUCAAGCCUAUAGGUCAUAGAGACUUAGCAGGCAAGACCUCAGUGUCUCGGUCGAGCUCGGCCGUCUCUCUGAGGCCGCAGUGGAACCCUCCCGCAUCGAGUGACUCGAGCUGCCGUCCAGAGUCCCACAAGACGCCAGAGAUCCAGAACUCCUUCCAGCGUCUCCUCACUCCCUCUGCCUCCGCUCCUCCCUCCCCCUCUCACAGCAGGAAACACCCGCCACCUUUCCCUAUGUCUUCUCCCCCCACACCUCCGCCCGCCCCUCCCUCGGUUCCUCCCCCACCUCCCCCGCCUCAAGCCUUCCAGGAUCGACCUGCCUUCAAGCCUCCCGCUCUUCCCUCCUGCCCUCCUCCUCCUCCUCCCCCUCCAUCCCAGAUCACCAGGCCAACGUGGCUGCCCGUCCAGCAUUCUCACCACGCAUCGGUGACGCAGCCAUCCACUCCGCCUCCUCCGCCUCCACCUCUGACUCACCCGCUUCCUUCAUCCAUGCCAGGGGACCGCUCAUCGGGUUACUUCUUCUACUCUCCGCCUCCCGCUGCCGCCUGCUCUGAACCGUCCAGGUUCCCCAUCCUGCGUGACAGCCCCCUCGGGCCUCCUCCACCACCGCCUCCUCCACCGUUACCUACGUCCUUCACCCCAAGCUGCCCAACCAGCCUCCCACCACCGCCACCCAAAACUGCCCCGGUGUCCUCACCGGCCAUGCGCUCGCUGCCUCCUUCCUACCCUUGCAGCCUUCCCACUCGGCGGCCGCCAGCCGUGCCCAGGAGUUUAGGUGUGAGCCGGCUGCUGGCUCCGCCCCCUCCUCCACCGGCACGUUCCCCCAACACAGAGUUGACCACCCGCACUCUUCCCCCUCCGCCACCCCCACCUCCAUUCAGCCUCAGGAAUGGACACCACAGUCCGGUGGAUGACUUUGAAUCCAAGUUCCAGUUUCACCCAGAGGAAGACCUCCCCCCACCUGAUGAAUUCAAGCCUUUCCCUCGUGUCUACCCAAGCAAAGAAAACAGGGUGAACCCCAAGCCCCCUGGGAUCAGGACACACCUCAGAUGACUCGCUGGGCCUCCGUCUUCCUUUCUCGCUCCGGCAACGCUCCUCCUCGGUCGUGUGACGGCUCCAGAUCCUCGCGAAACAGCCACAGACAUCUCAUCUAUGUUUAGCGUGCGCGCGCGAGUGCUGCGUGAGCGUAUGAGGGUGUCAAACAGGGUCCGGCCUUAUUCUGACUGUGCGACCUCUGACCUUUUCCAGCACGGAAUGUUUUCAAUGUGUGUGAGGAGGAGGGCUCGACAGACCGAAUGAUCUCUACACAUUAAGUCCACGGACAGCUUUACAUCUUCUUGUUUUUUUGUUUAUACGUUUUUAUCAGUUUAGACAUUAAUGGAAGGAUGGAACAAGAAGAUUUUUGUCAUCAUGAAUGACCUCGACACCAGAUUGUUUACUGCCUUUAUAGCCACAACGUUUUGAAGACAUACAAACUUGUCUUAGACGUAGGCGUUCUGCUGCGUUCAAGUAGGAUUUUAUGCAGAAUUUGGUCAAUUUCACUUUUUAAACAUCUUAACUGGCUGAAGAAAAAGCACUUUUUUGUGGUUGUGCUGCAAGUCGCUUUAAAAAAGACCCAAAAUGUGCAUUCAGACACAUACAGAUUAGUGGUGCUCCUUUGAGUUACUGCGACUUUUAAUUUUAGAAACUGUUUUAGGACAGACAUAGUAGUGGUUGGGGGGGGGUGUUUGAGGUUUAGAUUUUAUUAACAAUUAAUAAAUGAUUGGUGCUGCUCUCAUCUUUCCAAUAGCCGCCAGCCCAGAGUUUAACACUUGGGAGGACAGUGUCACCUGCUGGUUAAAUGUGAAAGUGUCAGCAAAAUUAACCAAAGUGGACACAAGCGAUUUCAUCCACACAGCUCUACUCCAUUUCCGGUCAUGUCUGGUGUGGAAGGCUGAUCGGAAAAACUAAAUAAAGGUAUUUGAAAAUAAA